UCAUUCACUCCACCAGGACGUCUGAAGGCAGGACGCACAUUCCCUCUGUUUGAUUCAACACCAGAAGCAGUUUUUUUUUUUUUAAACCUCCGUUUGGAAACAGGAUUUGGAAUAAUCUCUUCCCUCUUUGAUGUUUCACAAAGGAUCAGGAAAAGUUGUGGCAGAUUUAGAAAGAAAAGAAGGAGACAGACAGAGCUUUGCCCCGGAGGUUCACGCGGAAGAAACAGGAGACAGAUAAAGAGGGAAGGGAUAAUCUGCGAGAGGGAGGGAGGGAGGGAAGAGCACAGCUGUUGUGUGAGGAGAAAAUAAAGAUAAAGAAAGCCAGGAGGUGCACAAGUGUGAAGGGCGAAGGAGAAGAGAUUGACGCAGAAGUUGAAGGUCAAAGAAACUGAGGAGAUUAACAGACACCUGACAUCACAGUAACAAUGGAGACGCAGCAGGAAAAGAGGACUUACUUCCUUUGAAGUGGAAAAGGAAAGGAGCGGUGUUUGAGGGAAGAAGGGGACACCGUUUCCUCACCAUGUUUCAUUCAGCUGGCUUCCCAAAGUCUAACAACCUGCGCCGGAAGAGCAACUUCGUCCCGGGAUAAAAUGACGAGAUACCUGCCGACUCUGUGAUACCCUCCUCCUUUUCCUCCUCUCCUCUCCUCUCCUCCUUCCUUCCACUUUAAAUACACUCACUUCCUCCUCCUCUGCCCUGAUAUCUCCUCUCCUCUCCAUCUCCUCACUAUGUGGAUACCAGCUUUGCUCAUAUGGAUUCUUAACAGCAGCUAUCUGUGCGCAGUGCAAGACUACUAUUCUACAAUAGGAGACAUGGGCACCGAGGCUCCAGAACUGUCAGGUGACCAGCCCAGUUUGGAGUCAGUGACGAGCGUGGAUCAGCUGUUACAGCUUCUGUACCCAGAAUACAACCUGCUUCAGCACUGCCUGAGGAAGAAGUCAUGGCCCUCCUCCUCCUCCUCCUCCUCAGCGAGCCCUCUGGUCCACUCUGACCUGGAGGAUCGGUGGGGUCAGCCCCGCGAGGAGGCGCUUUUUAAAGUAGACGGGACUUUUUCAAUCAUCUUAGAGGAGAUCCAGCGGACCUCCUGCCAGCCCAGAGAAGUGUGUGUUGAGGUGGCCAAAGAAUACCCAGAAUCCACCAGUCAGUUCUUCCUGCCUCGCUGCGUGGCGCUGCACCGCUGCGGCGGCUGCUGCAACAACGAGGCGUUCUACUGCACCAACACCAGCCACACACUGGUCAACAAGACGUUGAUGGAGCUGUCCCCGCCCAGGAUGGAGCGCUCCGUCGUCAUGGUAACAUUUGUCAACCACACUUCCUGCGAUUGCAUCUCGAAGCGGCCUCUGCACUCCAUCAUCAGACGAGCCGCGACAGAUCACCUGUGUUCCCCACCCGAAGUCCCCUGUGCCUCUGGGUUAUUAUGGGAUCCAGUGAACUGUUUGUGUGUCUCGAGAGACGCCAUGAACUACUCUGAGAGAGAGACAGAGGUGCUGGACUCGGGGCUGCUGGCUCUCUGCGGGCCGCACCGGGUUCUGCACGAGUCGUCCUGCGAGUGUGUGUGUCGCAACGGACUCACGGAGGACAGCUGCGACCCGGGCUGGAAACUGGCCCACAACACCUGUGAAUGUCAGUGUGAAGGUCAAGGCGAGGGGAAGUGGUGCCCCACCGGCCAGCGCUGGGAUGAGGAGCUGUGCGGGUGUGUGUGUGCUGCAGAGUGUCCCAGGAACCAGCCGUUGAACCCCGACACCUGCCUGUGUCAGUGCAGGGAGAGUUCGCCGUCCUGUCUGCGGCAGGGCAAGAAGUUCAACCCUAACUCCUGCAGUUGUUACAAGUUGCCGUGCAGAAAGCCCCGACGUGUGUGCCAGGAGGAUUACUACUACAGCUACCACGUCUGCCAGUGCAUCCCCAAAUACAUGAGGCGGCCCGAGUGGAAUUAACACAGAUAGAGGAGCAAAAACCGCAUGUAUUUCCCUUCAACAUGAGGCUGCAUUUAGGGGGGGGGGGGGGAAGGCGGAAAUGCCUCUUUACAGGAAGAUGGAAGGACACAUUUACAUACUGGAUUAUAACAGCAGCCUGGAGGAGUUUUAUUAAUGCUCACUGUUCUGAGGAUACUUUCAAGUGGCACAGAAAAGGCAGGAAAACUCAUAAAAGUGGAGAAAAGGAGGAUGUGUUUGACUCUCUGAGACCUCUGACUGGAAGCAGGUAAUCACACCUGCUUAAAAGCUCCACAGGGAGGGGGGGAAUGGACCAAUCAGACUCCUUGGCAGCGCUUAUCCCAACUGCAACGUGUUCGAGCAAGACCUUCAACCACUCAUGACUGUGUGAAAUGGAAAGUGGAAUAAAAUAAUGACAGACUAGACUCCAUGCUCCUAAUUUUUUUUUAGAUGAAAUAUGCUGCAGGCCCUUUGGCAGUGGUGGGAUAUUUGAGAGGUUGAAGGAUUUCUUUUGCAUGUAAUGUGAUGUUGCCGGGCUCUCGACGUGGAAAUGGUGACAGUAUCUUUUGGUGAUGCACCAGAGGCUGUUUCCAACACAAGAACAACAAAAGAGAUGGAGUAAAGCUUUUUCUUUUUACAUAAACGUCUUAAUUAACGCAUUUUCCUUCGGUCUUUUUGCUAGAGAAAGAGGCAGAACUUGUUUAAUCAAACGCUAAUUUAAACACUGCCAAAGACCUAUUAUAUCCUCCAGUUUCUACUUGCCUGUCGAGCUGCAAGUGUCUGAUCACAAUCAAUGGGAACUCUUCAAGUAAUUUAACUUUACACUCUUGAGUAAUAUUAUUUGUAAAUAUUUAAACGUUGUCAUAUUUAAUACUGAUAUUUUAAAUAUGGAAUCAUAUGUAUUUAAGUCUCUACCCUAACUAAAUGUUGUUUUGCGAUUCUUGUAUUCUGCAGUUUUUAAUAACUAUGAAAAGUUGUGUUUUUAAUUGUCCGCACUGCAAGAUUAAUAUGAAAGCUUUAAAAAAAACAAUGAUUUAGGGCUACAUGUUGGGAUGAAGAUUUACGUAGAGAUGAUUGUAGCGUUUGUGCUAUAUGGAUGUAAAGAAAAACGUCUUUUAUCAUGCUACUAUUGAAUAUUUAAAGUGAUUUUGAAGUAUUAAAAGCCUUCUCUGACUGAUA